CAUCUGUACUUCUCAGCGUUACCCGAAGAUAAGGUGCCUUAUGUCAAUUCCGUCGGAGAAAAAUACAGGAUCAAGCAGCUCCUUCAUCAGCUACCGCCGCACGACAAUGAGGUUCGGUAUUGCAACGGUCUGGGUGACGAAGAGAAGAAGGAGCUACGACUGUUUUCGGCGCAACGGAAACGCGAAGCCCUGGGCAGAGGAUCAGUCAAGCAACUGCCCGUCAACUUGCAUUCCACCAUGACCUGCGCUAACUGCGGAGAGAGCGUCAGUGGCGGAGACAUAGUUGUGGUGGCUGCAAGGGCUGGCCCCAACGCCUGCUGGCACCCGGCUUGCUUCAACUGUCACGUCUGCAGGGAGCUGCUCGUCGAUCUCAUCUACUUCUGGAAGGAUGCCCACCUCUACUGCGGCAGGCAUCACGCAGAGAGUCUGAAGCCGCGGUGCGCCGCUUGUGACGAGAUCAUUCUGGCAGACGAGUGCACAGAAGCAGAAGGUCGCGCGUGGCACAUGAAGCACUUUGCAUGUUUCGAAUGCGACAGGCAGUUGGGGGGGCAGCGGUACAUUAUGAGGGAUGGGCGACCCUUCUGCCUUCACUGCUUUGAUGCUAUGUUCGCUGAAUACUGUGACACCUGCGGGGAACCCAUUGGCGUUGAUCAAGGUCAAAUGACACAUGAAGGACAGCACUGGCAUGCAACUGAGGACUGUUUUUGUUGCCACACUUGUCAUGCAUCUUUGCUAGGAAGACCAUUUCUGCCUAGAAGGGGAGCAAUCUUCUGUUCAAUUGCAUGUAGCAAAGGAGAGCCUCCAACACCAUCAGAUAGUAAUGCAAAUACUCCAAUUGGCUCUCAAGUUCCAAUCCAGCAGUCACGCUCUAACAAUGGGCUUGAGCGACGACCAUCUUUGUCUUAUGAUGCCUCAGAUUCUACUUUAACAUCACCCAGAGCUCCAAGGCCAUCAAGACAUAUCAAUAAUGAUUCCACCUCUGAUCUGAGUGAUGCGACUUCACCCCUUACUGGACGAAGGGGUGUUAAAUCACCUUUACCUGAAAAGCAGUGUGUAUCAAAGUCUCCUAAAAUGCGCAGACGUGCUUUGGCUUCAUCACCUCUGCUAGAGAACCCUGCUGAAUCUAUAGAAAUAUCAGGCCCAAGGUCCCCUCAGAUAACUAGAAAGCCGUCCAAUGCUUCAGGUCCCCAGCCAAGGAUCUCGCGUGAAAAUUCUUUUCAAAUUCGUGAUCUCCAAAGGCCACGGACUACACCAUCAGUUUCUAGAGAACCUUCUGUGUCUGGUAUUCAUGGUGCAUCUCAGCCAAAUAAUCCCUCUCAUUUAUCUAGUCCACGCUCACCAUUAUCCAGUUCAUCUGUAGAUAAUCAAGUUCAACAUAAACAUCCUGAAAGUGCAGCAUCCCCAAUCUCUCCUCGUUCUCCACGCUCCCCUCGCCUUCUGUCUUCUCAGUCAUUGAAACAAGACUCUACAAAACAUUCAGCUGAUUCACCUCGUGGACCUUCAGAUUCCAGCUCCUCUUCUCGAGUCCAGUCAGAAGCAGGAGGAUCACGUGCUCCAUCUGAUGUUGGUUCUCCAAAACCAGGUAAUCGAUCUGUAGCUGCAGUGAGCAGUGAAGAAAUUAGAGGGCAGGGACAAGGGAAUCCUCUUAUGCGUUCACCAAAAAUGGGUAGAAAGGCUUUACAACUACAACAAAGUCCAAAGAUGGGAAGACGAGCAUUGGAAUUCAGGGGAAAUGAUGCCAGCACUGUGUCAUCAUCUUGUCAAACAAGUCCACACUCUCCUCCACCACAGAAUCCUCUAACCUCUACUCCAACUGGAGAGGGAGCAGAGAAUACACAAGCUGACAAGGCAGUACAACGUGGCGUAGAGUUAGUAGGAGCUGGUUUAGAUCGUUUGGUGCUAGAGCGCUCGCUUAGCAGACUGCUUGCUGAGCAAGGUAUUAGUCUUUUAAGAGAAAUGGCUGCAACUAGUUCUCCUGGAGCUCUGGAAUCCCUCCUUCAGAAUUCAGAGGUUCUAUCAAGUGCUGCACGCAGACAACCUUUAGAUCUCUCUGCCUUGUCUGAUCUUAAUUUAGAAGCAUUAUUAGCCUCUGAAGAGGCAACAAGGGGUAGAGCAUCUCCAGCUCAUGCAUCAAUGCCAGAUUUAAGUCAGCAUGGAGAAUCUUCAGCUUCAACAUCACCUACUAAUACUCCAAACCCUGGAGUUCCAAGGAAGAGCUCCCUCUCUUCAAGGCAUAAAGACAGACAUAACCGAUCAGUUAGAUUUGACCCAGCACAAGUUGGUGCUGAAAACUCAAGUCGUCAAGACCCCAGUCGUGAUGCAAGAGACUCUUCCUCCUCAUCAUCAUCAUCUGGUUCAGCACCUACAGCAUUGGAAGUACCUUCUACAGUUUCAAAAUCAGAACGUCACAGACAUCGUCAAAGGUCUCAUGGAUCAAAUGGUUUUCCAAGAUCUAGAUCUUACUCUGGAUCAAGUCCACCACCAACAGGCCAGACACCUAGAAAAACUCCAUCAGCUCCAGGUUUAGAAGAUGCUGACUGGGAUAAUGAAUCUGUUUGCUCCACAUGCUCUUCAUCAUCCUCAGAUGAAUUUGAUUAUGAAUUGCCUCCCAGAAGAGCUUAUGGUGGUGUAAGGAUUAGCUAUGUGCCUAAUGAUGCUCUGGCAUAUGCCAGGCGCCAAGCUGGAACUAAUCAAUCACCUGGAUCACCCUCCACACGAAAAAGAUUGGGUGAAAAAGAUAAGAAUUGUAUUAUCUCUUGAUGUUGCCAGGUAACAAUCUACUCACACUAUGCAGCAGCCAAGUGCGCUUAGUAGAAUCCAGAGUAGUGCUCUGCGGUCCCAUACUUCAUGGAUAUGGGUUCCGUGCUUUAUUUUUUUCUGGCUGCAGAGAUGUCUACCUCGUGGUCCUGGUGGUUCUCUCCAUGUGAGAGUGCCAGCUUAGGGCCCCGCCGCACCAGUAUUGUUGGACAGUACCUCACCAUUCCUAAGAAUGACUGUACCAUUCAUUAACCUAACAAACUUCAUGAACUUCUCUUGAUUAUGUAUAUAAUGUACAUUGCAACAUAUAAAAAUAUAUAUAUUAUACAAUCCUGUUCCUUCUACUAAAAUAUAAGUUAAUGAAUGACAGGUUUUUCUGUUGCAUGGUGGUUCAUAAAUGUGUACUGUACUGUGUCAGUUAAAUCUAUUUAGAAAUUUUUAAAAGGUACUAAAUAUUUUUCCCUCGUGAUAUGAAAAUGUUUAGUGUUUGUUAAGCCAAAAAGCUAGUGUGUGCGUGUGUGUGUGUGUUUCACUGGCAAAAACUUUCCUUACCCCAAUUUCCCACCAGCAUACUGGCCCCGAGUAGGAUCGCGGCAUUAAGUGAUAAUUUUUAUGUAGAGCCUGACUGAAGUGCCAAAUUUGUCUUCCAAGACCUAAUAGUAUACAUAUAUACUGUGCAUGUUAUUGUGGGCCACUUAUCAUGUAUAAUGAUGAGGUAUAAUGUGAACUCCUUUCCUAAUUUGUAACCUUAAACAUCUUGCAUAGCUUUCCCUCCAUUUCAGAUAUUUGGAACUGUAUUUUCAGGAUUCUUAAAAACAUACGUGAUAUGUCAUCUAGUUCAUGAAUGAUAUUUUUGUAAUCCAUUAUUAGAUCAUCACCAUCAUUAAUUUAAAAAUAUGUAAUCAAAGCUUUAUAAAAUAGAAUUGAUGUCAAGUCUGUGGCAACUAAAUUUAGAGCAGUAACUCCAGUUACACGUGUAUUUUUAAUGACUUGCAUUGCCUGCAUUGUUAUAUAGGAUUUCAGUGUCUGUAAUAUGGAAUUUUUUCCAUUAACCAACUUUUACUGUAGUUUGUGAUGUUAUGAAUUCCAUACUAAAAUGAAAAAUUGCCCACCUUUAUAACUGGCUACCCAAUGGUGGUACUUAUGGGUGUUAGAAUGACAUAAUGUCAUGGUUGUACCAAUAUCCAUUAUGCCAUUUACAUUUUUUUUAAGUACUGUACACCGGUUUCUGUUCUUUCUAUGAAAAUGAACCUAUUAUUACCUUAAGAAUGAUUUAGUUCAUUCAUUGUACAUGUUUGUAUUUAAUUGUUGUAUAUUACUUGUAGUUUAUGGCUCAGUUUUUUGUAAGUUUGUAGAAAAAAUGCCUUUAUAUUGCUUCAGCAUAUUGUUCAUAAGAAUUGUAUCAUAUGAGACUGGUUUGGGUUAAGGGUUUGUACAUAUGAAUAAAUUGUUUUAUGAUUAAAAGCA